AUGACACCAUAUUUAUCUCCUAUGAAUUUGCUGAUAGUUACAUUAUGGUACUUAAAACAUUACCAUUGUGAACAUUAUAUUGCGACAAAAGUGAAUUUGACACAACAAGCAGUGAAUUAUUUCUUAUCAUCGACUCUGGAUAUUUUACACUCCUGUAUAUAUCCAGAAUUAAUUUCACUACCUGUUGAUCUAUCGAACAGAAGAACACCACAUGGACCUGAACGACAACAUAAAUUAAUCAUUGAUUCGACUUUUAUUGCAACACUUGAACAUUGUGAUUCAAGAGAACGUAAAACAUAUUAUCAUGCAAAAAGUUCAACAAAUUAUGCAUUAAAAGUACAAAUAACUUGCGAUUUUCAUCAUCGAAUAGUUCAUGUAUCCGAAUGUUAUCACGGAAGUAUACAUGACAUUACAAUUCUAAGGGAUUCAGAUCCGUUAGAACAUGUAAAUGACUCUGUACAAAUCAUUGCAGACAAACGAUACAUUGGUGAAGAAGAUGUAGUUACUCCAAGAAAAAAAUCUCAUGGACGUGAAUUAACAGAUGAAGAUAAAGAGUUUGAUCGUGACAUUAAUAGUGCACGAGCAGCUAUUGAAAAUAUUAAUCAACGUCUUAAAACUUACGCUAUUCUUGGUGGUGUUUAUAGAGGAGCUAUUGAUAACUUCCAUAAAGCAACAAAAAUUGUACAAGUAUAG